AUGUCAAGGCCUGACAUCAUGGCUGGCAUGCCUUAUACUGCUCUUCAGUGUAAUGAAUUAAGACAUAGCCUCCUUACAUCCUAACAUCAAUAACGAGAUUUUUCUCAUUCAAGUCAGAAAUUUUUUAUUUUUCAGAUUCAGAAUUUUUAAAUUCGGGAAAAAAUCCUUUUAACUAACUACUAAUCUAAAACUAAAUUUUGGUUUUAUUGAAAAAAUUAUUAAAUUAUAGAAAUUAAUCGCUUCAAUUUCCUAAAAUAGGGAGUCUGCAUUUGAGAGAGCUAGAGAUAUGAUUAGCAACGACAACCCAAAUCGAGAAAUCAGAGAUUGUGUAAGAAAAGAGCUGGCUUCAAUAAAAAGACAAGGGCACGGAUAUGGAAUAUUACUAGUCGGAUCAUUUAUAGCAUUUACAUAUAUUAAGGCUCCAAAUGCGAAACCUCAUUAUGCUGGAAUUGCUAUUGGGUUAAGCUUAGCUUAUUUUUUGGGAGGUGUAUUUGCACUUGAUGUUGGGAAACCUUAUGUUCUGGAUAAUAUUGGUAUUAUCAAAGAAAAUCCAGAUUUUGAAAAAAGAAGGCUAGAAAUUGUCGAAAAUUGCAAAAAAUACUAA